UGUAGUGUGUGUGCGCGCGCGUUGUAUCUAAGUCCUGUGUGCAAUAAUGUUUUUCUGUCUGCUGAGGCUUACUUCCCCAGCCUAUUGUUUGAGACAACAGAUAUAAGUUGCGAUGGGAGAGGAGCGUCGGAUUUGGUGUGUAUCCCCCAUUUCCAAUUAUAGAUGGAUCAUUACAGACAGCGGAGUCCUGAGAAGUCAGACAUCUGCUCCUCACAUGAAUGCACUCACCUCCUAGAGACCAGGCUGCCAUCAUGCUCUGGAAACUCGUGGAGAAUGUCAAGUACGAAGACAUCUAUGAGAUGUUAGUCCACACCUAUUCAUCCAUGGACCGGCACGAUGGCGUCCCAAGCCAUAGCUCGAGACUCUCUCAGCUGGGCUCUGUGUCCCAAGGACCCUACUCGAGCGCCCCGCCGCUGUCCCACACACCAUCAUCGGACUUCCAGCCACCCUACUUCCCGCCCCCCUACCAGCCGCUACCCUACCACCAGAGUCAAGACCCCUACUCCCACGUCAACGACCCCUACUCCCUGAACCCUCUGCAUCAGCCCCAGCAGCACCCCUGGGGACAGCGCCAGCGCCAGGAAGUGGGUUCAGAAGCCGGCUCUCUCCUGCCCCAGCCCCGGGCGGCCUUGCCCCAGCUCUCGGGCCUUGACCCCCGAAGGGACUACCACUCUGUCCGCCGGCCGGACGUGCUGCUACAUUCGGCACACCACGGCCUGGACGCCGGCAUGGGCGACAGCCUCUCGUUGCACGGUCUUGGGCAUCCCGGCAUGGAAGAUGUGCAGUCAGUUGAAGAUGCCAAUAACAGCGGCAUGAACCUAUUGGACCAGUCAGUCAUUAAAAAAGUUCCUGUCCCUCCCAAAUCUGUGACUUCUCUAAUGAUGAAUAAAGAUGGCUUCUUGGGAGGAAUGUCAGUCAACACCGGCGAGGUAUUUUGCUCAGUCCCAGGCCGUUUAUCUCUACUCAGUUCAACUUCAAAAUACAAAGUGACUGUGGGAGAAGUUCAGAGACGGCUCUCGCCCCCUGAAUGCCUCAAUGCGUCUCUCCUUGGCGGCGUCCUCAGAAGAGCCAAAUCGAAAAAUGGGGGGAGAUCCUUGAGAGAAAGGCUAGAAAAAAUCGGUUUGAAUUUACCCGCGGGCAGGCGCAAAGCAGCAAAUGUCACGUUACUCACCUCCCUGGUGGAAGGGGAAGCUGUUCACUUAGCUCGGGAUUUUGGGUAUAUUUGCGAAACAGAGUUUCCUGCUAAAGCUGUGUCCGAGUAUUUGAACAGACAGCACACGGACCCCAGUGACCUGCAUUCCAGAAAGAAUAUGCUGCUGGCCACCAAGCAACUUUGUAAAGAAUUUACGGAUCUGCUGGCGCAGGACCGGACCCCGAUCGGCAACAGCCGGCCCAGCCCCAUCCUGGAGCCCGGCAUCCAAAGCUGCCUCACGCAUUUCAGUCUCAUCACGCACGGCUUCGGCGCCCCGGCCAUUUGCGCUGCGCUCACGGCCCUGCAGAACUAUCUCACCGAGGCGCUCAAAGGCAUGGACAAGAUGUUCUUGAACAACACCACUAACAGGCACACGUCUGGGGAAGGCCCAGGUAGUAAAACUGGCGACAAGGAGGAGAAACACAGGAAAUGAAAAAAAAAAAAAAUUAAAAGAGAAGGAAAAUGUUUUAAAUACAAAAGGAAAACAGAAAAAAAAUAAUUUUAGCUUUAACAUAUUGGAUUGGCUUUGGAAGAAUUAUAUUAGGUAGAAUACACAUACAAUCAAAAUUUAAAAAAAAGAAAGCUAAAUAACUUUUAAAAAAAUAAACUGAGGCAUACAGCGGAGCAGCAAACCGGCUCUCGGUGUCUAUUUCAAGAUACACAUGGAGACAACCGUCCGGAUUUUCCACUUCGGUUCUUUCGAGCUUAGUAAUACAGAUAAUAAAAGAAAACUAUGAAACCCCCUUUUGGAAAAUAAACAUGAGACGAAACAUGAGAACACGCUAACUUAUUGGAAGAAAAUUGGAGAAACGUUGGUGUCAAUGCUUUGAGAGCUGGUUGACUGAGACGCACGAACUUUUAAAUUUAAUUUUUUUUUAAAGGAAACUCUCGCAGUCCGCGCGCUCCAUUUCUCCUCACCCUUCUCUCCGCUGCUUCCCUUUCUCCCCUCCUCACACGGUUCCGGGAAUCUGCCGGGUGAUCCCCAGUGUGAUUAGUUCAUUGGCGUUGCGUUUGUCCCUUUGGUAUCCAGACCUCGCCUUGUUCCCAACUCCCCGGUGCCCAACUCCCCCCGGUGUGUUUAAUUAGGGAGGCGUGGAGGGGAAGGGGGUGGGGAGAGGCUCUAGCGUUUGAUCUGGUCUUGAGAGCCGAGGUUCCCGCGGCAGAGGAAACCCAGGCCGAUAAGUUGAUUCAUCAUGGUUCCUUUCAGAAAAUGUUACUAGUUCCCAGACUUGCCAGCACCUGUUCACAGAGAAUAUAAUAUUCGUUAUACUUGUGUCAACUAGAAGUAUAGUUAAAAAAGAAAGAAAGAAAGAAAACAAAACACGAAUACUUUGAUUAGUAUGUAAUUCCUUCGGAGGGGUAUGUACCAUUUCAUUUUCUUCUGUUUCCCAAAGCUUUACCCGCAUGGUUUAUGAGCUUCUUCAAAGAAGACUUGGGCUUCCUACACAAUCUAUAAGGUACUGAGAAAAAAAAUACGAUUCCUUUAAAGUCAAAGCCUGUGUGUCAGAAUUCAGCAGGUUCACUUCUUUAAAGAAGCUCAAAGGGAAUCAUUUAGGAAGUGACCAGUAUGCGGGUGGGGGGGGGCAGCUUUGAAUCUUCUUGCUUAAGCACCUCAACACAGGGAUUUCCUCAGGGGUGGGGCACUGAAAAAUGCCUUUUAAGGGAGUAAGGCUUCUUAGGAACCUAUAUUCUAAUAGUGUUGUCUUCACUGAAAAAUGAAUUGCAUUUUCUUGGGCUCUUUGGGGAUCGUUGUUCUAAUGGAGAAAGAAGCAGCCUUGCCGAUGUAAUUGGGGAAGACAGCUUUAUGAAUGAAGCAGUUUCCCCUCUCAAACAUAGACUUAUUUUGGCACAAAAUGGUUAACAACCACCCACCCACCCACCCACCCACCCACCACCACCACCACCACCACCACCACCACCACCACCACCACCACCAAGCAAAGUGAAAGGGCUUGUAUUUCAGUUUUAAAUUCCUGUCUGGAUAUAUUGGGAAUAUUCCCAGUGGAUGAGGUAUCUCACUUCUCUUACCUCAACUUUUUGCUCAUACUCUAUCUUAGCAUUACCAUGAAUUAAGAGCCCUGCUCCUUUAGCAAGAACUGUGAAAUCCUCUAAGUAUUUGGCUGAUGAGAUAAGUAGACUCAUUUAGUGUGGCUACACUUGUUUCUUUUCAACAACCCAGGUGGAAUCUUUGCAAAAUCCAUUGGGAUAAAAAUUCAGAUGUUUUCUGUGAUUUACAGAUAGCUCUCCCCACCCUAAAUGAUCUGGACCCUCAGUUUCCCCAUCUUUCUCCAGUCCACCUUAAAGCAAGGGAAGGGUGUUAAAGCUUUAGGGACCCUCUGAGGGCUUUGCUUUGAGGGUUUUAUUCGAGGGAAAGGAAAAUCUCACUGUGAGUUUUAGGCCAAUGGAGGUUGUAAAGCAACAACUGAGGUCAGGCAACAUCCCAUCUCCUAGCUCUAGCUGCUUCUGAGGCCUGUGGAUUUUCAGGACACAGCCCUAGCCAAGCUGAAAGGAGUACAAAGGGCAGAAAAAAGACGUUGUGUGAACUAUAGACUCGCAUCUUUCCUCAGUUUAGAAACCUCCCCUUUUGUCCGAGGGCCUGACGCUUGCAUUAGUUGAAUUCUGAUUGCACAAGGCCAGCAGAAAACACACUGAAAAACAUCGUCUCCUUUCCUUGCAGGGCAACGCGCCCCACGCGUGUGACAUCGAGAGACGCGAUGGAUGCGCCUUGCUCUUACUGUGCAGGUCCUGGGAACAUGGGGGCCACUGAAGCCCAGUGGUGUUGAGGACAUAGAAUCAGCAGCUGCUGGGGUCGUGAGCCACACGGGCCCUUCCUGCUCUCGGUCUCACCCUAAGGGCUAAGGCCACUGAGAAAGGCCAGUUCCCGAGUAGGUAAAGGGGCGGUGCCCCACUGGCUGCUUGGGGGAGGGGUCCCAGAGCUCUGUAAAGUCCUUUGGCCGCUAGCAGUCACAGACAUUGUGGCCUGGAAAAGUCCACGGAAUUUGAAACUUCCACGUGUUCUUUCUGCCAGGAAGGAAAUUGUCUCCACCCUCACUCUCUUGAAGUGUGGACAUGAAAUAAGAAUUGUCAUACUUGGGUAGGUAGGCUAUCUUAGGUGCCCAGCUCUCCGUGUGAGCAGAACGGGAAGGUGCAGCUAGAUAAACUCGGCUGGCCCUCCCCACUAAGCCCAGCUCGCCUCCGGGUGAGUCCUCAGUUUCUGCUUUUUUUUUCUUCCUUUUUUCACAUCGGACUUCCAACCCCUUGCUUUCCUUAGCCAAGCCAGCUACGUUUAUCUGAUAAUUGAGUUAUUAAAAGAUUUGGUUUCCUUGGGCUUAUAAAUCAAUAAACAGUAGGAUUAACACAAGAGUUUGCCUUUUAAGUCAAGGAAAACGUUUAAGACCAGACCCUUUGAGUUUUGUUUUCAAACCAAACAGGUGACUUGCAGUCCCCUCCUCUGCCCUGCACUCUGUAAAUUUUAUGCCCUACUAAGUCCUGGGGUUCCAAACCAAAAUAGCUAAAGACUGUAGAGUAAGCCUGCAGAGGAGUUCCCUGGAGAUUCUUCCAGGCCCUGCUUAACGAAUCCUGCCUUCUCCUCCUUGCAUUCUGUGUUUCAUGGAGUUUGUUUCCAGGUGAGGAUUCCAUCUCCAGGGACCGUUAACUUCCACCCCAACUAGGAAAUAAUUUCCUUCUCUCUCUUACCCCGACGUAUCUUGCAUUUUCUUCCAUUUACCCUACCUCCUGACCCUUAGCUUUCUCCACCCUCAUAUAAAGAGCCCAAGAGGCUUUCAAAGAUGUUUGUUUUCAUUGGCCAAGGAAACCACUUUCUCUUAAGCAAUUAUUUCAUAUCCUAUGAAAACUUUGGUCGAAUGGAAAACCCCAAGCCCCUAACUUAUCUACAUAACUUCUUCCUUGGGUAAAAGACUCAUCCCUAGUUAGAGUUGAGUCAUUUGAUAUCCUGUCCUUGCAAUACUUUAUGUGGAAAGGAAAUGAUGACCUUAAACCAUUCAACACUGCCUCAAGAGCUCCCACGGCGUUUCCCUCUUUUGCUGAAGUAUAUUAAAUUAUUGGUGAAAGAAAAGAGAAGUAUUGAAAUUCAUUCAUUUUUUAAGGAAAAAAACGGAGUGAACACCAUUUCUUCUUUAAAUGUCAAAUUGAUUCCCCUUUUGAGUUGGUCUCUAAUUCACUAACAUUAUUUUUACCACCCAGUCAAGAAAUACCAACGGCCUCUUCUUGAGAGCACUCUGGAGGGUAUCCGUGUUAAGUUGUAUAUAUUUAUUUAUGCUUAAUUUAAUGGGAAUGUGUAAAUAUGAUGAACAAGUAGUUUGGGAUUAUUUAUCUGUGAAUCUAUACCUCUGUGAAUGGGUGGUUAAAAAGAAAAACCGCUUGACCCUAGAUAGACUCCUAUCUGAAUUUUUCUGUUCUUUAUAGACAAGCUGUUAUGGUAUUGGGUAGAAAUUGGUUUAUUGUCCAGUGUUAAUCUGAUUUACAUAAAUAAAAAGAUUGUUGUGUUUUU